CCUCUGGGCUCGAUAUGUUGCUCAGCAGCCCAACCAGCGCGCGAAACCUGCAGUAUUGCUCAACUACUUGCAGUGAACAGACAUGGAGGUCUACAUACUGGCAUGGCUGCUAGCACUGCUGUCAUCUUUAUCAGCACUCCCUGUCAAGUAUGACCAGCGUCAAGACGGAGAUUUAAACGUUCAGGCGCAUUUGGAGAAUUUUAUAAUUGUGUUAAUACCCAACAAUGGAGCAUUAAGUCUUUUAGAUUACAUACCUCUAAAGAAGGACGCCGGUAAACACGAAUCAAAGCCAACUGCUACCGAAACUGAUAAAUAUAUUCCACCAAGUACGGCAAUAAAAUCCACGUCUCCAGACUUUCCUGCAGGAACAUCUCCUUACAAAGUCGAUAUCGAUAAGAAACCCGCGGGAGGAACAGCACCCAUCGGAGGAGAGGUCCUCAUAACCCAAUCUGCACCAGUUACACUUUUAAAGGCUUCGGCUAGAACGGAAUUACCAACAACUGCUUCACCAGACGAUAAAACGUCAAUUAAACCAACAGCGGAAGCAGCUAUAGGGACGACAAAGAAAGAAGACACAAAUGAACCGUCAAGUAAGGCAGAAACACUUUUGGAAAAGGCAGAUUCACCCGCUGCAGAAAAGGAUGAAACCGAGAGGAAAGGUGAGAUUAAAACUGAAAAGAAAGACGAGGUUCCUGUAAUCGAUCCGGAACCAAAAAAGCAAGAAAAGUCAUCAAAGAACAUCGAUUUUGUAGCGAAAGUUCCAGUAUCUUCCCAGAGUAAAACUUCAGAUGAAGACGUUCCCGUGAUUGAUUUCUCUCCGUCAUUUGUGAAGACGUCCAAAUUACCUGUUUUCAGGCUGGAAUCUGAGAAUGCAGACACAGAAGAACUCGCUAACAACUUGAAAAACCUGAGAUCUGGCAUCGAGGAACCGUGUCGCGACCAUCUUGGUAAUUGCCGUCACACGAAGUCAAGAAGUGGCCAGUUCUUCGAGCCUGACAGCCUGCUCCCACUGUUACGUUUCGGGCUUUCACCGGCGGUUGACUGAAAUGCCACGCUUGUACUCAUAACUAUUAUUUAUUAAGUUGUGGUAUCAUCUGUAAUGGACUGACAGAUUGUCCUACAUAUCGCCGGAAACGGACAUAUCUCUAAAUUAUAAAUGAGUUGAAACGCUUUAAACAAGUCAGUACAAGGAGUUCGUGGGCAAAUCUUCGUGGUUUCACUCCGGACGUUUCUUUUUAUCAUAUGAGGUAUUCUUGUAGCAGCUCCUAAUGCAUAUAUUUCUGCCUCGGUGUAUAGCUUUCAUCACCUGCAAGAAUUGGUUUAAUUUAUACAACUGAAUUGCAAUGGUACCGAUUUCGGAUCAUGCACAGUCAACCAUCGAGUUGCUUUUACUUGACUGGAUUUGUCUUUAAUACUCAGAUAUUUCCGAACACACUCUUAUGUCCACAAUGCCUUGCAAACUUCUCGUCGGUGGUCACAUAUCCUGUUUGUGGUUUCCGUUUGGGAACUUUGUAGGACUUGCGUUCGGCAUAUAUCAUGUUAGGCUGCUGUGAAGACCUAAAUGGCUGUUCAUGUAUUUUGAUAAACAUGAAAGUGAAGAGUUUUAGCAAAACCUCAUAAAAGGUAACAAAUAUGUUGCUGGUUCACUUACAGGAAUUCCAACCAUUACAGACAGUAUCUAAACGUGGUGAGCUCAAAGAUGUGUUACGUAUUUUAAAAUAAACUGUUAGAUUAAAUAUUAUUACCUUCA